UCUUACUGACUCUGUUGCUCUCUGCUCAGCACAGCCUGUUUAUCCACCUGCCCUCUUUUUCUCCUCCUCCAUCAUGAGUCUGAGUCGCACCAAGAGGAUCAGCUCCAGUAGCUCUGUGCGCAGCAGCAGCGGCUCCAGGAGGCUGAGCGGGUUCGGUCCGGUUCAGGGGGGUUUCAGCGGGAUCUCUCUAAGCAGCAGCUCUUUGUAUGCCAGUACCAAUGGGCAUCACCACGGGCUGGCCUCCCCGCUGGCGUCCCUGUCCGUUAACAAGAGCCUGCUGGCCCCCCUCAACCUGGAGAUCGACCCCAACCUGUCGAUGAGCCGAGCCCACGAGAAGGAGCAGAUCAAGAGCCUCAACAACCGCUUUGCCACCUUCAUAGACAAGGUGCGUUUCCUGGAGCAGCAAAAUAAGAUGCUGGAGACCAAAUACGAGCUGCUGCAGGGUCAGGGGGUGGGCCGCUCCAACGUGGAGCCCCUGUUCGAGGCCUACAUGGCGGGUCUGCGGCGUCAGAUGGACCUGGUCAACAACGACAAGAUCAAACUGGACGGAGAGCUGAGGAACAUGCAGGGCCUGGUGGAGGACUACAAGCACAAAUACGAGGACGAGAUCAACAAGAGAAACAACCUGGAGAACGACUUUGUUAUCCUAAAGAAGGAUGUAGACUCAGCCUACCUGGUGAAGGCCGAUCUGGAGGAUAAGGUCGGAUCUCUUACUGAUGAGAUCAACUUCCUGCGCAACAUCUAUGAGGAGGAGCUGCGUGAGUUGCAGGCGAGCAUCAAAGACACGUCCGUGGUGGUACAGAUGGACAACAGCCGCAGCCUGAACAUGGAGAAAAUCGUGGCCGAGGUCAAAGCUCAGUACGAAGAGAUCGCAGCCCACAGCCGAGAGGACGCUGAGGCCUGGUACAAGAGCAAAUUCGACCAGAUGUCUGAUCAGGCGAGUCGGUUUGGAGACGAGCUCCGCAACGUGAAGGGAGAGGUCGCAGAGGUCAACAGGCUGAUCAGUCGACUGCAGAGCGAGAUCGAGGCCGUCAAAGCUCAGCGUGGCGGUCUGGAGAACCAGCUGGCUGAGGCUGAGGAGCGUGGAGAGCUCGCUGUGAAAGAAGCCAAAGCACGGACCAGAGACCUGGAGGACGCCCUGCAGAGAGCCAAACAGGACAUGGCCCGGCAGCUCAGAGAGUACCAGGACUUGAUGAACCUGAAACUGGCUCUGGAUAUUGAGAUCGCCACCUACAGGAAGCUGCUGGAGGGGGAGGAGGACAGAAUUGGGCAUCAGUCCAUCCUCAACAUCCAGGCCGUCUCCAACUACAGUACAAAGAGUUCCAACGGUUACCACAGCAACAGCAGCUCUCCAGCUCCCAAACUGCUGAUCAAGACAACAGAGACCCGAGACGUCAGCAGAUACAGCUCUCACUGAGACCAUCACACAGCAUGCAUGCUGCUUCAUACAUACAGUUAUCUAAAGAUCACAUUUUCUACCUUUAGUACUCCUCUUUAGUUUCCUGCAUUUCUUUAUCUAACGUCACAGAUUGAAUUUUUUAUCAGCAUGCUAUUCAAACUCUCAUAAAGGAUUAAAAUACUCGUAAAUAUAAACAUGAACGCCUCACAUAGAAACACAGAUUCACUGACUUUAAGGUGUCUCCAUGUGUGAGGGGGGGCGGGGACAUUUAGUGAUCUGUAUUGUCUAACUGUAGAAAUAUUAAAAACAUGAAUUAUAAUCAUAGAGAAACUUCAAUAUGGAGGAACUAUUUCUGGGAAUGUCUUUACAUAUGUUGCUCUUUUAUUGAGAUUUUAUUUUUUCUGUCCUUAAAUCUUCAACGCUCCGGUCUUUCUAACAAACACUGAAUUCGAUUUUAAAUUAGAGGCUAGAUUAUUUAGUUAACUCUCUUAAAGUCAGGGUUGGUAAUUUCCUCCAGAUCCACUUUUUUCAAAUUCUGGUUG